AACCAAACGGCCUUCGCAGGCCGCCGUCCCGCCGUCCCGGGGCUCCUGGGGGCACUGGUUCCGACACCUGCCUGCGGUGCCCGAAGUGCAGCGGCUGCCGCGUCUCGGUCCCCAAGCCCCGGGCAACAUCGGCCCUCUGGGAGACGAUGCUUAAGGUCCAAGGAAAAACAUCUGACUUGUAAUUCAAGCUUGAGUUACCGACGACAGUUAAGAGGCAGACAUGCUGAACUCCACAGGUGAACUGGAGUUUUCGAAGGAAAACAAUACCGAGAUCUCCCAACUCGCUUCCCUGGCACUGUCACACGACGCAGCAUCCGGCGAAAACAACUCCACUGGUUUACUCGAAAAAACUGGCUAUCCGGACUCCGUUUACGUCAUGGCAGCGAACAUUUUUCAGGGUAUUCGAAUCGAAAAGUCACCAGAAAAAGUCUUAAUAAAAUAUGGGAGUGAACCCCUGCAGUCCUUGUCCGAGUGUGAGGAUGAAUCCGUUCAGCGUUCGUCCUAUGAGCUGGCUUUCAGUGCCCUGAAGUAUCAAGAUAUUUUGGAAACUAUAUUAAUAGAUAGCUAUAUUUUUCCAAGUACCACAAUACCAGAUCAUUUGAGCAGCCUUAUUAUUGUGAUGCUGUAUGAUUUCCAAGACAGAAAAUUUCAAGCUCGUCUCCUUUCUGAUAAUGAAGAGUCCAUAGCGGAAGUUCAAGAAGUAGAGAACCUUCUUAUCAGUUUUAAGACAAAAUUGGCUGCAGCAUUGGCAAGGUAUCGAAUCAAACAUGAUGCCCUUUCAAUUUACCACAUUCUUCCAGAAACAGUUAGGAACCAGGAACUAAGGGCCUCCACUUUGCCACUUUAUGCUUGGAUAAAUACUUGUAAAAUCAGCCCUGAAGAAGUUUAUCAUAGUUUGAAGAAAAAAGGCUAUCAUAAAGUCAAAUCUGUACCACAUAUUGGUGAUAAAGUCUUUGCUGUGGACCAGCAUUGCUAUGAUGUCUUAAUUUUUCCAUCUCAUCUUAAAAAUGACCUUCUAAAUAUAGAUCUUUUCAAAGAGUAUAAACUUAUAUUUCAGGACAAAUCUCGAAGUCUGGCUGUCCAUUCUAUAAAAGCUUUAUUAAACAUGGAUGAUGAUAUCUUAAUGGUCAAUACAGGUUCGUGGUACACAGUUGCCCAUAUGUCAGUCCUAACAAAUAAUAAUACCUCAAAAAUAUUUGUGUGUGGAGUACAAUCACAAGCUAAGGAUCCUAAACUGAUGAACCUUUUCACAAAAAUGGGAUGUAAAAAUGUUGAAAUACUUCCUGAGACAUUUAUUAACAUUGACUCAAAGGACCAUAGAUUACAGAAAGUUAAAGUGAUCCUGCUGCUCCCUCGUUGUUCAGGACUGGGUGUUAGUAAUCCAGUAGAAUUUAUUUUAAAUGAGCAUGAAGAUACAGGUUUACUUAAAGAUUUCUCUCAAGGAGGCACAUCAGAAGAUAAACUUCAUGUUCUUGCUCAACAGCAGUAUGAACAGCUAACACAUGCAAUGAAAUUUACUAAAGCUCAAGCAGUUGUUUACUGCACAUGUUCAGUUUAUCCAGAAGAAAAUGAAGCUGUUGUUAAGAAAGCACUGGAAUUUCAAGACCAUGGGAUUAAAGUACAACCUUACAGGCUUAGUCCUCCCGUCCUGCCACUGUGCUCCUUAAAGGAAAUACAUCUGUCUACUGAUAAAUUUUUUAGAAUGGAACCAUCUGAAAUUACCAAUGGUUGUUUUCUUUCUGUUCUAACAAGGGAGCGGGACCCAUCUGAGACAGUGUCUGUGAAAGAUGUUUUGGCCCGCGCUGCAGCAAAGGGUCUACUGGAUGGGAUUGAGUUGGCUAAAUCUUCAAAACGGGAGAAAAAGAAGAAAAAAUCAAAAAUAUCAUUCCCCAAAACUUCCACCACUGACAGUAAUGGCAUCCAAAUGAAAAUUGCUGAGUUCCUGAAUCGAGAAACUAAUGCAAAUGCUAAUCAGUCAGAGACAUUAGCCAAAACAUCUCUUCAACAGAAAAAUGUAACUCAAGUGGGUUCUUCCACACAGGUCAGAAAAUCCAACAAGCCUGCCACUAAUCCUUUAGUGCCUACACUUAUGAAGAACACAUCUUCCUCCAGACCGUAUGAACGGCCGACAAACUUCCUAAGACCUCGACCAGAAGACAAAAUGGUUGCUCUGAAACCUGUAGAGAUUGUUUUGCCUCCAGUAAUGUUGCCAUUUCCAAGUCCUCAAGGGACCAGAGCUCAGAUGCCAACUCAACAUUUUUACUGUCGUUGGGGUGCACCCAAGACUCUUGUGUCCGGCUACCUUCCUACACCAUCAUUAUCCAGGAGAGGGGAAAAGCCUAAAGAAAACUUAUCUUCCUCCCUGCCCAGGCGUUCUCGACCAUGGCUUUGACUGUCUUGUGUUUUUUACAGCGGUCAAGAGCAGUUGAUUUUGUUCAAAGUCUGCUAUUUCUCUGAAAGUUAGACAUCCCUGCACAAGAUACUCAUCCUUUCGGUCACUUAGUAUCUUCUAAAUGUGAUAUUACCUUCAAGAGAAUUAAGACAGAUGAGAAUAAUGUAGGCGAUUAAGCAAAGCAGAAUUCAGAGAUUUCAACAGCUCAGUGCUGAUUGUUCUAGACUGUCCAGUUGUGGACUCAGUAUCAGCUGUUAGCUUUCAGUCUGGACUUAGGACACCAGUUUUAAAUGAAAGCUGCAACAGUUUUUCUGGAAGGGAAACACUAUCUGCCUUAGACCUCUUUUCAAACUUAAUGUGCGAGGCAAUAUAUCAGAAAGCAUAGAUAGAUAAGGAAAAGAUGAUGCUGGCCUUCUCUCACCGACUUUAGAUUGCUCUUCAGCGUCUAGUCAGUUGUGGUUUAAUAUUUUCAAUCACCAUCGAGGUUGGUUUUUUUCCCUUAAAUAUCGAAAUACCUUUAAACAGAUAGGAGUUUUUGUAAUGUGACUGAGCGUGAGUAGGAAGAACAGGAAGUUGCGGAGUUCCAGGUGGGGUAGUUCAGACGUCUGUUUACAGAGUGAAAACUGUUUCUCAUUGGAAGAGCGUCCAGGAAGGAUCCUGAGCAGACUGAAAAUAGCCAGCUCUCUUCUAUCUAUGACAAAGACUGAUGUAAAAAGUGACUGUAAGCAAAUUUCCAUCUAAACAGUAAUAACUCUGAGGAACAGGCAAAAGUGUUGAACACAAAUGAUUCCUAUUGUUGAAGAAACCUAUAAAAAUUUCCAAUUCUAGUCAAAGAUCAGGUGAAACAGUAAAAUCUACAAGUCAUUUCAAAUGGCACACAGUAAUCUAACUUUGGCAAAUGAUUUCUGAUGCACAAUUAAAAUAUAUUGUAACACUAUGUUAAUUAUAUUAAAAGUCACUUCAUCUUGAA